UGUGUGUAGUGCGUGCAGUUUUCUAAAGGUCGUCUGAGCGUGUGCGAUUGGAGCGUUGUGGAGGGUCCGCUUUGUGAAAGUUUUCUAUUAAAAGUACGUUCAUUUAAGAUGCCAUGUCAGCCUCAAGGUUACCUCCUGCAGCGCUUAGCCUCAAACAGUUCCUGCAGCGGCAGCGCGUGCUCGCUGUGUACCGGCGCAUCCUGAGAACCAUCCGCCAGGUGCCGGACGAGGCGGACCGGCGCUACCUGCGCGAGUGGGCGCGCGACGAGUUCCGCAGGAACAAGGAGGCCUCGAACCCGGAUGCCAUUCGCAUGAUGAUCACUCAGGCCAACAUGCACCUCGAGGAGCUGCAGAAGUCCCUGGCGCUGGCUGGAAGCUAACAGCGCGGCCCGCGAGUGUGCCGCAGAUCCCAUGUCCGCAUAGCACUGCAAC